CGCCAUUUUGACGAUGACUGACAAUGUCUGCUGAGGACAAGGUAGGGCUCGAUCUGUCAGUGUGUUAGCUAGAAGAUUGACACGUGUCAAAACAUUGAAUUUACGUGGUUUCUAAAGUUCGAUUGCUAAUGAUAGAUUGGUUGGUCAGCAGCCUAUUCGUUGCGAAAAGAACGAUACAUAUAUCGCUUUAGAUAUGAUAUAGAUAGAUAGAUCCUGUCCAUUUAACGACGAUGAAUAUGUCAAUCACUUGAAUUAAUGAGUGUCACUCAUGAUCAUCUAAUUGGGAAAAGGUGUGCCAAUUUGGAAAUACACGUAUCACGUAGAAAUCUUGGCUUACCGUAAUCUUUUCCAUCGUUGCAACGGAAUACAUUUUUUUUAAACCCAUUAAAUCUAAUAGUAAUACCAUUAAGUAGUAUUAGCUUCCUGACUGAAACAUAUUUUAAUUUUAUGGCAGAAUAUUAAAUCAUUAAAUUCAUUCAACUCAAUCAUUAAUUUCAUUCAUUAAUCAAUGAAUUCAAUGAGUAAAAGAUAUAGAUUUAACCUAUUAAUUUAUUUGAAUAAGCUAUUAAAAUUAAAGAUUAGGCCUAGUCAUUAUCAUUAGUAGGCUACAAAAGAACUUACAAUGAAUUGGUUGACUGUUGAUAUUGAAUGAAUUGAAUGUUAAAAAAAUAGAUUAUUAGGCCUAUUUGAUUAUUCAUAAUUCAUGUAUGCAGCAGUGUAGCCAAGACCUAGCUAGGCUUUGUAUGCAUCUCUCUUCUAACUCUUACUAACUUACUAGGCCUACUUGUUUUAAGACUUAACAAGGCUUAUGCCAAGUUAUGCUACUACUACUAGUACCAGUUCUAGCCUACUAUAUUGACUACAUUAAUAACUAAUUAGUCCUUUACAUUAAUAACUAAUUAGUCCUUAUUAGUAUUAGUCUUACCCUUGAACUUGGUUCUUUGCCUUAGUGGCCUUAGGCCUUAGUCUUAGUUUUGACAGAGACAGACUUACUUGGGCUGGGGGGAAAAAAAUCAUGAUAAUGAGUGAUAAGACUACCCAUCAUUUUUAUCAAACAGUUGAAACAGUCAUCUGUCUAGUGACAUAAUUAAGGAAAAUGUCUAGACCUAGAACUGCUGUAGCUCAACAUGACUAGAUUGGCAUGGCAUAAUAAUAGAUAAUCAAUAAAUUAAAUACACUGUCCACACACAUUCAUGAUUUCUUUUUGUGGCUUUACUUCUAAUGGGCUAAGGAGACUGAAUAUUAUAUAAAAUAAAAUUAAUUAUAUAAUAGUAGUUAUUAGUAAUAGUAGUAUUAGUAUUAGCCUUGGGCCUAAUAAAGAGCUGGGCUUGAGUUUGAGGGGUUUAAUAAAAUUUAAUAUAAAGAUAGUAAGAAAGUUACUAGGUAGGCCUAGCCAGCCAACAUCUAUAUUCCUAAUUCUAAAUAUUUGUAUAGUAUAAGGCAAAUUUUAGGCCUAAGCCUAAGCAUUUUUAAAAUUCUACAUCCUAAUUUUGGAAAUGAAUCCAUUGCCCUUAGCCAGCACUCCUCAGAAUGGCGGUCCCAAAUUCAAAAUAGAUAUACUUUUCGUUUGAAAUUGUCCGAUGCCAAUAAUUGGUGACCUAAUUUUUUACUUCAAAUUUUGUUUGGAGACUAAUUGUUUCUUGUAAUAAUAUAAAACAAACAAUACCAUGGCCGCAUAAUGCAAGAGCCGGUUCAUAUUUAAAAAAAUAUUUUUUCAGGAAACAUUCUGCUAACUUAUGACAACACCGAAGUCACUGUAAGCUUAGGUGUGUGUGGCUUGUACAAGUACAGUCUAAAAAAGAGCAACUCAACAGAGAUACUUUUUGUUUCUCUCUUUUAUUUAUUUAUUUUUUUUCCUCUCAGGAGAUGAUGACAUGGAAGAGGCUGAUGAAGAUUGCAAUCUUAAAAAAACCUGAAUAAAUUAAAUAAGCUUAAAUAGAGGAUUAGACGUAAACAAAUACGUCACCCAUUAUCAGCGGCUAUUUGACUGGUAGCCGGCACUUUAUAACAAAUACUAUUCUAUUUUUAGUUUGGGGCCACCGUUCUGAGGAGUGCCCCCUACCCUUUUAACCUGUGUCAUGUCAAAACCAGUGAAGCUUCAGUCUUCAGUGCUUAAACUUAGAAAUUUAACUAGGCCUAAGGCCUAUGGCUAUACUUUUGUUAGGCUUCAAUUUCAUAUUCAUGCUAAAAAAUAUAUACCUAUUCAUAGACUAAAGGCCACUAUAUUAUUUGGCUGUCAAAGGUUAGGCCUAUAUUUAUUUACUUGACGACAUCCGCAAGCUAGCUUUAUUGUAUUAUGUUGCUUUAGUGUCUCUAGGCUUAGGCCCACUGCAUGCAUGUUUUCCAGUAUGUUGCAGACAUCCUCUAAAAAUAUUUGUUGUUUGCUAUUUAUUAACAGAUGCAAAUAAUGUGAGUUUGGGCUUUAAAUUAUUUUUUUUCUCUUCUUCUUCUAUAUAUUUAGGGCCCACGAUCAAUUUAUUGAUCAUUCUGGCUCCUAUGCAUGUAGUGGGGAUUUGAAAUGUUUCUGUGCCUGGUGUUGAAGAGGAUAUGUCCCUGGUUGCAAGGGCUACUCGGUGAGGGUAUCAUGAACUGGGGGUUGGAAGGUCUGAGGCAAUAGACGCACAUUUUCUCAGGCCGGUUUGACUGUUCAAAUGAUUUAUAUUGUCAGACUGAGUUAGUAAAAAUCUAGUGACUUAUUGUUUUUAUACUUCUUGACUUUUCACACUGCAAUCAGUAGCGGGAGGGGUAAACAAAAAGUGUAGACGUAGGGUGGGGUUGGGGGUGGGGGGAAAGGUUGCAUAUUUUUUGCAGAUGUCCUCUAUGAGCAACACCCUGAAGCUCCUUGUAAGCUUAAAUCUGUUUUAUUUAAUUUAAUCAUCACCUUUAAUAUAUUGUAAGUUAAACUAAAGCUGAAUUAUAGUAACAUAAAUGUUCAAUUAUUUUUAAAUUUACUGUAUAAAAAGCAUUAUUCAAUGUAACACUGUUCAACUUCGCUUCUGUUAAAUAAGAUAUCAGAUUAGUUUGCUUCUUUAAAUUGGGGCCGUGACUCAUAAAAGGCUGGGAACCUUUUAUUCAUGGAAUACAGAAAUAGACAAAGACAUUCCUUUGCUUUUUAUCUACAUAAUUUUAAUGGCUAAUGUUCAUAUUAAUACUGUAUAGAAUAUAUGCAUUUCUCAAUCACAUAAGCAAAAUGCAGACCUGCCAACCCUUCCGAUUAUGUUGGCAUGAUACAGAUUUUGUACUCUGUUCUGUAUAUACAUAUUUCCAGUAAUGUUUUUCUCAUGCUCUGUAGUGCUCUAUGGCCUCUUCAAAGACACUGGAGGUCAUUUUGUUUAUCUACUAAAAAAGGAUUGUGCAAUAGUAUGUAGAUCUUAAACCAAUGUGCCCCUGCCCCCCUAGCGAGCACCCCCCUACAGAUUUUUUUUUUUUCUUGGCAGGUUGGCAGGCCUGCAUAAUGAAAUUGAAUUUAACCGGUUAUUAACCCAUUCUGUACUAACCUCUAACUAUGAAGCACAUCCUGGAUUACAAAUCAAAUGGAGAGAACUUUUAAGUACAAGCACACCAAUGUUAUAAAAAUAAUUGUUUAAACCAAUAAACAUCAUGCAAUUUUACAAAACAAGAAUUAAGAAAUAGAAAAUGAAUGUCAUUUUGAAAAAUGUCUUGAUUUAUAUACUUUAUUUACUAUUCUUUUUACUGUAAAACAAUAUAUCUAGUUUCUUAAAUUUACAUAGCAUUUUGGGAUGUUUGCAGUAAUAUUAGGGUCUCUUGAAAUUAACUUGUGUACAGCCCUUUAUUGUUUCUCCCUGGUUCUACCACUGUCUUUCUUGUUAUCAUCAGUUUAACAAUUGUGACAUCAAAAUUUUAUUCCAAGUACCUGUUUUGGUCUCAAACAUUUGGUGACAGCUGAAUGGCAUAGUUGUUUCAAUCAGCACCAGGACUUACCAAGCUAUACCAUUCCAUUUUCAUUAGUCGACAUAAACAGUCUGAAAUAAUCUGCCGUACAACUAUUAUUUGGAGCGCUAUCAAUGCAACCUUUUAUCUAUUUCAAUCUUUCGGUUUGACCAGGAACAUUGCCCAAAUUGUCACUUUCUCAUGGUCAUAUGCUACAUUUGGAAACAUCUUUUUCUUAACUAUUUGAGUAUUUAAAAUAAGAAAUUGGAGUCAACACUUUUUAUGGCCCUAAUUUUUUAGUUUGAUUUAUUUUUUUUUAAAAUGCUGGAUUUGGAAAAACUCACCUCAUGAAAAUGGGAUACCCAGUCAUCAAAUAAAUGUUUGUCUAAAGAUGUUAAAGUGUAGUACUUGAGAAACCAUCAACACAUUUGUACACAUUUUAAUGUGGAAUCAAAGAAAUCUGACUUAAAGAUUGAUCAGAUAAGAUGGUUUUAUUACUCCAAAUAAAUGGACAUUUGGUUUGAUAGCAUUGUAAAUAUUGUUUUGGAAAGUCCUUGAGAUUUUGCUGCUCCCCAAAAUCGGUCAGCAGCAAAGCAUUUCGUGAAUCAUUGUGUGGUCAGAAUAGCUGUCACAUUCUUUAGUGAAUCAUUGUAUGGUCAGAAUAGCUGUUUAUUUCUUGUGUUGUGUUCUUAAGUGCAAGUUUGCAUUUGGAACAGAGUAUGAAUUUGUUUGAACUGAGCUCCCGGCUUUUAUGGAUAAUCAUAAUCUCUGUAGCCAACUUGUCUUUGGUUUGUUGCCUUGAUCUCUGCCAUUGUACAAGAUGGUGGAUACGUGGAUUCCAAUAUGGUGGAUGUGAAUGUGGUUCAAGCCCAUGACUUGCAAUGCAAUUUAACCAUGGAGAAUCAUGAUAAAACACAAGAUUAUCUGUCCAAACGAACAUAUUUCACAUUUAUCACACCUUGAAUUCCUAAGAAAACAUAAAAAACCUCAAAACUAUUCCAAAAGUCGCCUGCAGAGGGGUGCCCCAGAAGUAAAUUUAAAUUGAUAAAAAAAUUGAUUGUGUUAUGAGCCAAAACUUUAAAAUGCUUCUUAUGUUCUUCAAUUAAUGCAGGAUGUGUCAGGCCUAUUGACACAAAAUUUUGUGUGUCUUUUAACUUGAAAAGAUUUUAGAAUGAAUAAAUGAAAAUUUUUUAUUCCAUACUUGUCUACUGAAACUGUAUGUAAUUAUAGCUGAUAACUGGAAAGAGAAGCAAUCUUUAAAUUAUGUGACAGAUGUAUGUCAAAAAAAAGAGGGGUUGGUUAUUCACACAAAUUAAAUCUUAUCUUUGACAUCCCCGUGUUCAGAGAUAACUUAAUGCAGCUUAAUAUCCAAUUGAAUGCCCAGCAUACACCCACUCACUGUAGAGAGAAAGAUUUAGUCCUUUGUCAUGGUAAGGUAAACAUUAUUUUCAAAUUUAACCCUUUCGGGACGGAGCCUUAUCGGGGUGUCUGUCCCAAAAAGACGGAGCACUUUUUACGAACUUGGCACUCGUAUUUCAAAAAAAAUUAUAAAAAACUUUACAUAUAUAAAACUUUACAUCUUCUUGUAGAAAAUUGAAUAAGCUAAUACAAUAUUUAUAAGUCAAACUGAAAUCUCAACAUUUAUGCAAAUGAGCUAUCCUGAUUUGCCUAAUUUAUGCGUCAAGUUUGUAUUAAACUGAGAAUAAACAUGACUUACUUAUGUCUUUCUACCCCAUUUGGGGCAUAGGCCGUCUACAAGAACUUUCCACUCAUCACGAUCCUGUGCUUUCCUUUCCAAUUGCUUCCAGGUGUAUCCUAUAUUUUGCGUGUCUGCCUCUAGCUCGCGUCUCCAUGUAUUCUUAGGCCUUCCUCUCUUUUUCCCUGUGGGUUCCAUGUUAGGCAUUGUCUGGUGGGGCUAUCUGGGGGUUUUCGGAGCGUAUGCCCUAUCCACCUCCACCUUUUCUUUAUGAUAUCUUGAUCAAUGUGCACCUGAUAUGUCCUUUCUAGUAGAUCUUUGUUGUUGAAAGUAUUUGGUCAUUUGAUUUUCAUGAUCUUUCUAAGGCAUAUGUUUAUGAAUGUCUGCACUUUCUACAUAAGGCUCACUGUUGUUUUCCAAGUUUCUGCACCUUAAAGUAGAAUUGUUUUGAAAUUUGUAUUAAAGACUCUGACUUUGGUUUGCAGUUUCAGUUCCUUUGACUCCCAUAUUUUCUUUAAUAGCACACAUGCUGAUCUAGCUUUUCCAAUUCUAUCCCUUACGUCUGCAUCCGAAACGCAAUUAGUGUCUAUGGUACUGCCUAAGUAAUUGAAGGACUCCACUUCUUCCAGUGCCUUUCCUGCCAGAUAAAUAUGGUCUUGGUUGGAUGAGUUCACCUUCAUGAUUUUUGUCUUGCUUUUAUUUAUAUUGAGUCCAAGCUGUGCUGAAAUGGUGGGUACGUCUUUUGUCUUUUCCUGCAUUUGUUGCUGGUUGUGGGACAGAAGUGCAAUGUCGUCUGCAAAGUCUAAAUCAUUAAGUUGUUCCCAGAGUGUCCACUGUAUCCCAUUCCUCUAUUUGUCUGUGGAUUUUUUCAUUAUCCAGUCAAUGGCAAGGAUGAAUAGAAAUGGGGACAAGAGGCAUCCUUGUCAGACACCUGUUUCGACUGUAAAGGAAUCUGUGAGUCUGCCUUCGUGGACCACCCUGCAGGCCAUUUCUUCAUAAGAGCUCUGGAUGAUCCUGACUAGUUUCCCUGGUACUCCAUUUGGCCGAAGAAGUUUCCACAAGGUUUGUCGGUCCAGGCUAUCAAAGGCCUUUUCAUAGUCUAUAAAAUUUAAAUAUAGGGGGAGUUCCAUUCCAUGGACUGUUCUACAAUGAUUCUUUGUGUUGGAAUUCGAUCUGUGCAUGAUCGGUUUUGGCGGAAGCCAGCCUGUUGAUCUCGUAGCUCCAUGUCGACCUGGUCUCUCAUUCUAUUUAAAAUAAUUCUGUCAAAGACAUAUCCUGGUACAGACAGCAGUGUUAUUCUCUGUAAUUUGCACAAUUGCUGAGAUCCCCUUUCUUUGGUAUCUUGAUGAGGUAUCCUUCUUUCCAAUCUUUUGGAACUCUCUCUUCUUCCCAUAUCUUUUCCAACAGAGGGUGCAGCAUACUGACUAUUGUAUCUUUAUCAGCUCUCAUCAUCUCUGCUGUGAUGUCAUCAGGUCCCGGUGCUUUCCCUAUUUUGAGCUGCUUUCUUCUAUUUGUAAGUCUUCAUUUGCUGGUUGUAUGUCUGGUGCGUCUGUGGGUCUGUUUGAUAGUUCCUUUAAGUAUUCCAUCCAUCUUUUUUGUUGCUCUUUCCUUUCUGUUAUUGAUCUACCUGACCUUCUCUAUCUUUGACCAGUCUCUCUGGCCUUUUGUAUCUUCCUGACAGCUUUCAUUUUAUGUUGUAGAGCUCUUUCAAGUUGCCCUUCCCGGCUGCUUCUUCUGCUGUUGAUGCUAGGCCAUCUAUGUAGGCAUUUUGAUCUUUUUUAUGCUGUUUUUUACCUUUUGGUUUGCUUCUUUAUAUUUCUCUUGUGCUUUUGUUUUCUCCGCCCUGGUGCAGUUGCUGUUAACUUUACUUUAAAGAAAAGAAGCAGGACUUACCGGUGUAAAUUGUGUGCAUUUUUUUAGGGAUGAAGCAUGAAUAGAUCCUAACACAUGUGUUUUAGGAAAUAAGACCCAUGGAGACCCUUCAGACACCCCUAGCACAGAGUUCUACUCCUUUUCCUGCCCCGGGGUACUUUUCGGUUGCUACAGACAGAGCAGUCCUUUUCACCAUUGUGCACCCAAUUAUGGUUUAUUUGAGUUAGGUGUUAUUUAGAAAGUUGUCUGCAUACUUAUUAGUUAUUAUAAUUCUCUCUCACAAACAUUUGAAUGAUAUUUUGUGUAAAAAUUAGCAUAAAGUACUCAACUGGGGUGCUUAUCCCAUGAGGCACAUUUAUAGGCUCUAUUUUUUCUAAAAUUUCAUAGGGAUCAUCUCUACACAGUUCAGAACCCCUAAUCCUAAACCAAGGAUUCACAACAUUAUCGUUAAUAUACUCAUUUUGACUGUCUUCAUUACUUUCCUGGUUGUUUUCAUCAGUGUCCGUGUCAGAUUCACUGCUAGACAGUGAGAAAUCAGAAUCAUUAACCAUAAAUUGAUCAGAGUCACUGUCAGACAUGUUCGAAUUUCACGAUACAGCUAUACACAAAAUAAAUUUAGUUCACCAUCAACGAAUGCUGCUAUUACAAUCACGGGAUGUGCAGGAAUACGGAAAAAUAAAUUUGAUUCGCUGGUACAACGCCAAGCCAGCCAAUCACUAGGCUCGAUUUAUCGGGCAGAUGUUUCGGAAUUUCUCGCUAGUUCACCUUGGGCCGAUAGAUCUGCCCUUAAGUGAAGACAAGAGGGUUAAAAUCGUUUUGGAAAUACAGGAGUAAAAAAUAAACAAGUAAUUGUGGUGACGUUCCACAUCUUCUGUCUGUGAGGCUUUCUUUUGAACAAAAAUUAUUAUAGUGAUGCCGAUUGGGAUGAAUUGUGUAUUUAUUUACUUCUGCAUAGCAGAAUUAUCAGGAGCUUUUAAUAAAUUAAAUUUUUAAAAAAUGUUUGUUGUUGUCUUAAAUAAUAUUGGUUACAGCUCACAACUAACCAUGACCAAUGUCCAAAACCAGCACCUUACUCAUAAAUAUGUUACAAAUGGUCACCAUAGUCAUUGGGCACAUAUAAAUUAUAAGAGACUUCAUUUGUAUCACUGGUAUAUUAUUUGAUUAUCUUUGUGCUUUUAACCAAGCUAUGCUUUGUAAACCAAGCUAUGCUAUCUAAAUUUAUUAUGCCACUAUUUCCAGAUCAAGAAUAUGAGUUUACAUGAGCACUCUGAAAAGAUUGAUGACUAGACUAUGUCAAUCCUUCAAAGUGAGCUACCAACUUACACAGAGGCACAAGUCAUAAACUCUGAAACAAAGUAAAUCAUUCAUAUUUUAUUUUAAAUUUGAUUUAAAGAAUAAAUUGAAUUAAAAUGUCUGUGUCUCAAUAAUUUAAAUGAUAUUUCAUCCCCAUUACAAAUCUUAAAAUAUUUGUUAUCUAAAAAUUUACAAGUUUUGAAUAGUUUUCAAGGUCUUAUUUGACAUUGUAAUUUUUAAUUGUUUAAUUGAUUUUUGUUUUAACAAGAUUACAAAUUAUUGAUAUAUUGUAGCCCAGUUGUUGAGCAUUACAGAUAAGUUUUUAAAAGUGUAAGUUUUUAAAAGUGUGUUCAUUUUUGUACAGCAUACAGCACAAUAUCCUUAGCCUUACAAGUCAGGACUCAGCCUCUAGUUUAUCACAAAACAUAGUACUGCAAAGUGAUGUCCCUCAAACACCGGAAGAUGUCGCCAAUUUUGACACAUUUAAACAAAAUAUUUACAGGUUAGCUCUAAUAGGAAUUCUAUAUUAAAAAAACAACAACUGCUUUUAUAUAAAAACCAUAGUUAAUCAUUCCAUAAAAAUGUGUGUGUAGUUUUCAAAAUAUUUUAAAACAUGAAAAAUGUACAUGAAAUACAUCAAAAGAAAAUGUAUAAAAUCUUUGUAUAAAAGCUUGAAAUUUACGUUUAUGGUAGCAAAUGAGCUUAAUUUUUCUGUAAUAUUCCAGGCAUCCUUUAUUUCCUCUGCUGGCCUUGAUGUUUGAAAAAUGUGAAAAUUCAACUGCAUGUCCCGAUGAAGCAUCUCAUGGCUUUGAAAAAGAAAUUCAAGCUUUUAUGAAACACCAGGAAACAGUCAAAAAUCCUGUGCUCUGUUUUGAUGAUGAAGUCAGUGCAUUGGUUAGUGACAAUCUUAAAAAUUAAAUGUAUUUAUGAUAUCUAAGGAGUAAGUGGACUACAAUUUAACUCAUUUGACAUUAUGAUCUUUGGAACUAAUAGUAUAAUUUAAUGAACUAUAACUUAAAAUAUUUUAUUCAAAUGAGUGUUUUUAAAAUUUUUUUAUUGUUUCUUUAGAUGAUCAAAGCUAUUCAAGUUCUGCGAAUCCAUCUUAUGGAGAUGGAAAAGGUCAAUGACCUUUGUAAAGAUUUUUGCUCUCGCUACAUCUCAUGUUUAAAAGGAAAAUUAACGUCCGAGCAGCUGCUUCACGUUGAUGGUUGUGAUUCUCCAGAGCCACAAGAACUAAACAUGUGUAAAUAUUUAUUGAAGUUCUUCUAUGCUGUCAACUCCCAUACUCAUGAAUACUUUUCUUCAAGUAUUUUUAUGGCAAAUUUGUUUUAGGGAACCCUAUGUAAGUUUCUUAUAACAUGCUUGGUAAAAAGACAAAAUGAACAAACCUCCAUUUGUUUGUAAUCUUAUAUCAAGAAUAUCUUUUUCUAGGUUUGGAAUUGAACAUCAUUUAUUUUUUCCGUAUUUUUAAAAUAUUUUUCUUCUUUCAAGCUUCCCAUAAUGUUGUAAACAUAAAUUCGGGUAUGCAAAUCCAGCAACCAUCAUUGGUCACACCCACUGUUGUUGGGGGAAGUGUUGUCCUGCAGCAGCAACAACAGCCUCAGAUUGUUUCUGGUAACACAGUGUACCAGAUGGUACACACUCCACAGGGUAUCGUGGCACAGCCUAUUCAGGUAAACUUAGGUACAGUUGUGCCUCAUUUAUUCAAUUUUAAAGAAUUUUUAUAAGGAAGUUAUUGCCAUGAAAAUUCCAACAAAAUUAUGUCAAAAGCUGUGAGCAUUAUAAUUAUAUUCAUAGUUAUAUUCAUAGUUAUAUUCAUAGUUAUAUUCAGUUAUAUUCAUAGUUAUAGUUAUAUUCAUGUGUUACAUACUGUUAUCAGUAUGAAGAAGUAAAUCUUUUCUUUAAGUAUAUAGCUCGUUUUACAACAGUUCACAACAAAAGACAUACCAUAAAUAAAAUAAUAAUAAUAAUAAUAAAGCUUAUUUGAAAAUCACGCUUCAUCCCCAAAGGCUCAAAGUGUGGUACAAAGUCAUCCAUAUUAAAAGAGAUAUGAAAAAAUCUAUAUUUUACCACAUUGAAAUACAAAACGCAAUAUUCCAAAAACUACAUACGAGAGUACCCAUUUUAAGUCUUUCAUCCCUUGCGACCAUAAACAACUCAGGCCACUAUACAUCUAGGAGAUAAUAGCUAGCUGGAAAAGGUGGUAGACAACAUCAUCCCAGCAGGUGUUUGAGAAAUCGGUUUUGAAAGACUCCAGUGUCUGGCUGUUUCUGAGAGUGACAGGAAGUGUGUUCCAAAUUGUUGGGUCAGCAAAUGCGAACGUGUGCCUUCCGUAAGUCUCAAGGCAAACACAUGGUUUGCCACUAUCAGAUGAGCAGAGUUGUCUAGUGGGUACAUAAGGCGUCAGGAGCGCUUUGAGAUAGGAUGGCGCCAGGUCAUGCAAGCAGCGGUAGCAAAGAGUUGCAAUUUUGUAAUCUAUGCCACCGCGAACCGACAGCCGAUGCAACUCUCUCAGAAGUGUUUCAGCAUGGUCAAAUUUGCGUUUGUGAAAACAAUGCGAGCCGCAUUAUUUUUUACUUUUUGAAUUUUAUCCAAGAGCAUAGCUGGAAGACCCACUAUGAGAGCAUUGCAGUAGUCCAUGCAUGAUAGCACGAAUGCGGACAUCAGCCUCUUUGUUGCAACUAACGUUAAGAAAGGUCUGAUAUGACUAAUUCUGCGCAGCUCUAUAAAAAUCGCCUUGCAAAUCAUGUUAAUGUGAUUUUCCAUAGAUAGUGUUCUGUCUAAUUAGAGCUAUUUCAAUCUGUAUACCUGAGAGAGAAAGGGCUGGUGUGUUAUUUACAGACUUAAGCUUUUGAACGGUAGCAAUGGGGAUCAGUUCAGUCUUUUCAUAGUUCAAUUUGAGCUUCUUUGUAUUCAUCCAGUGCUUAACUGACUCCACUGUCUUCUAUGUCGUACUAAGAAGCUGAGGGAACUGAGAGGGGGUCACGGAUUGCUGAAGUUGGGUAUCAUCCGAGAACAUGUGAUAGAUCAUGUCAAACUGCUUGAUCCCUGCACCCAAGGGCUGAACGUACAUAGUGAAAAGCACCGGGGCUAGGACGGAGCCCUGGGGUACUCCAAAUUUUAUAAUAGAUUGCUUCGAGAUCAAGCCAUUUGCGAUAACUGAUUGGACCCGAUUUGUCAGAUACGAGCAGAAUCAUCUCAGGACGGUAUCGGUCAAGCCGAACGUAUUUUGCAGACAUUAGAGAAGUAUGUCGUGGUCGAGCGUAUCGAAUGCUGCCGAUAGAUCAAGUAAAGACAAAAGGGAUACCCUGCCCUCUCCACAAGAUGACAGAAGGUCAUUUACGACGCACAACAGGGCUGUCUCAGUAGAGUGAUGCGCCCUGUAUGCUGACUGGAAAGGCACAAACAAGUCACACUGAGUGAGGUGGUUCAGGAGCUGGCGGAGAACUACUUUCUCUAAAAUUUGGAAACAAAGGUAGAUUCGAGAUUGGGCGAUAAUUUUCCAACACAUUUGGCUCCAGAUUUGAUUUCUUUAGCAGUGGAGUUGCAACCACCUCUUUAAAAGAGGAUUGAACAAUACCUGUUUUCAAAGACUGAUUUAUGAUACUAGUUAUGAUAGGGACUAUUUCAUCCAAACAUUCGUACAAUAGCCCUACUAGAAGAGCAAACAUGACUUUUUCGGGGAGUCAACCAGGAUUUUCUUCACAUGUGAUUCAGUGACCUCCAAAAAUUCACACAUAGGAGUGAGGUUAAACGGCAAGAAUUCUGGAGCAUCGUGCAAAUGUCAAGUCUCGCCCUGAUCUUCAUAACUUUCUUAAUAAAGAAAUUAUUUAGAGCAUCUGGCAGCUUGCCUACGGCAAUGUUAUUUGACAAAGAUGUGUCCUUCUGUUUACCGGUCAACUGACCUACAAUACGAAAUAAGUCCCUACUUGAGCCACAAUCUCCAAUAUGGUAACUGAUAUAUUCAAUCCUAGCUGCAAGGACCAACUUCUUUGUUCGUUCCUUGUAAUCAUCAAAGAUUUUUUGGUGCGCGGUCAAGCUUGACUUCCGCCAUUUGCGUUCUGCACGUGGCUGCUUCUGCUUCGCAUCCUUUAUUUCGGGCAUGAGCCAUGGGGCGGAAGGGUGGUCCGUAACGCAACGUGUGGACAGUGGUGCAUGUUUAUCUAAAAUGACUCUGAGACCACUGUUGUAGUCUGUCGCAGGGUCUUUUUCACUGCACCUGAGGGCAGCGACGUCACAUCUGAAGGCCACUAGAUCAAUCUUUCGGAGGUCUUGAGAUGUGACUGUGCACAGAAAGGGCCCUGGCUUCCUCAAGUCAAAGUCAAAGGUUACUGUGAAAUGAUCAGAGAUCAGUUUGUCUUCAAUAAUGAGGCUGCGGAUCAUAGCUGCACGGCCCUCUCGGUCAAAUACCCAAUCUUGGAUGUGACCCCACUUCUGUGUAGGGAGGCUGAUAAGCUGAGUCAUUCCGUGUGUGUCAAGAGCUGAUUUUAGGUUCUUCACAUAGCUGUCGGUGGUGGAAUCAUAAUGUCAGUUUGUGUCGCCGAUUAUGAUGACGUUGUUGUUGGUGGAAGCGUACAUGUCCAGGAUCUGUAGAAACUCUGCAGGAGGUGGCCUGUAUAUGCACAGAAGCAUCAUCACUUGGUUACCAUAAUUAAGUUGCAUCUUGCACAUCUCGAAUGAAACAAUCUCGUCCGAUUUUGAGAACACCACACUAUUCUUGAGGGAGCUCCUGUUAAGGACCGCAAUAUUCCCGCCACUGUGAAACAGCCUUGGGCAAGAGUGAAGGAGGUAGUCGGGAGGUGUAAUUUCUUGCAACUUGACCUCAUCACCAAUAUGUUUAAACCAUGUCUCGGUAAUGAAAACAAGGUCGGGCUUGCUCUCCAAAACAAGAUCACACACCUCAAAUGUCUUAUAAAUACAAUAAUCAAGCAUACAAUACUCAAACCAGGGCUAAUUACAAUUAAUAAAUUUUAUUAUGUUAAUAAUAAAUUACAAAAUCAAAAUGAAAUAAAUUAAAGCUAUUGACUUACAGAAAAUGAUUGGCUUGUACCGUUACAAUGUUGAUUAAGAUACAAUGUUGCAAAAAGGUACAAUGAUGAAAAGGAAUCUACACAAAAGAAAUUUUUAGGCAAGUUUAUUUCUAAACUUUUAUCUUUUUUUAGAUACAAGGGCCCUUGACACCUCUGAACCAGCCUGUUCAUCAGGUCAUUCACGGCAGCACUCCCCUGUCACAGAUUGGGGUGUCUCUCACAUCCCCAAUGCAGCAGCAUCAACAACACCAUGUUCAGCAGCAGCCAUUGCAGCAGCAACAACAGCCACAGCUAGACCUCAAGCCAGGUAAGUUUGAAUGAAAGUACAUCUCUGUUUUUAAAUAUUGAAUAUUCUUCUCAAAAUUAAAUACUUCAUUAUACUCAUCCUUCAUGAGAUUUAUUUAUUUGUGUAUCAACUUUUAAAUACCAAUUGACAUCAUAAAUGAUCGUAGUUCCAUGAACAUAAAAUAAAUAUUUCAUUUUCGACAUACUUUUAUACCAACUGGAUUAAAAUAGAAUUGUUUGACCGUUUUUAAACAAUUUGUCUUUUCUUCAGGUCAUCAUCGAGUCUCUGAUGAUGAAGAUGAUGAAAAAAAUUCAAAACAAAAAAGGGGAAUUUUACCUAAACAAGCAACGCAAGUCAUGAAAUCUUGGUUGUUCCAGCACAUUGUGGUAUGUCAUCUUGGUUGUUCCAGCACAUUGUGGUAUGUCAUCUUGGUUGUUCCAGCACAUUGUGGUAUGUCAUCUUGGUUGUUCCAGCACAUUGUGGUAUGUCAUCUUGGUUGUUCCUGCAAAUUGUGGUAUGUCAUUUUAGUUGUUCCAGCACAUUGUGGAUGUCAUCUUAGUUGUUCCAGCACAUUGUGGUAUGUCAUCUUAGUUGUUCCAGCACAUUGUGGUAUGUCAUCUUGGUUGUUUCAGCACAUUGUGGUAUGUCAUCUUAGUUGUUCCAGCACAUUGUGGUAUGUCAUCUUGGUUGUUUCAGCACAUUGUGGUAUGUCAUCUUAGUUGUUCCAGCACAUUGUGGUAUGUCAUCUUGGUUGUUCCAGCACAUUGUGGUAUGUCAUCUUAGUUGUUCCAGCACAUUGUGGUAUGUCAUCUUGGUUGUUCCAGCACAUUGUGGUAUGUCAUCUUGGUUGUUCCAGCACAUUGUGGUAUGUCAUCUUGGUUGUUCCAGCACAUUGUGGUAUGUCAUCUUAGUUAUUCCAGCACAUUGUGGUAUGUCAGCAAUUAAGUCAACAUAAUCACUUGAAAAGACAAUAAUUUUAUGAUCAUAAUGAGCCGUCAGCCAUAAAAACAAGUAGAUGUCUUUGUUGUCUUUGACUUGACUCAGUCCUGUGAAAACUACUCAUUGUAAAACUAGCUGUUGCCAUUAGUAUAAGAGUAUUUGAGUAAUUACUAAUAUACUUAUAGAAAAUACUACCUGUAUGUACAUCAGAACUUUACUGAGGAUGUUAGAAUAGAUUAUUCUAUUUCAGCACCCUUACCCCACAGAGGAUGAAAAACGUCAAAUUGCGGCACAGACUAAUCUAACUCUUCUUCAAGUGAACAAUUGGUUUAUAAAUGCCAGGAGGCGAAUAUUGCAGGUAAAUUUCACCUUAAAAGAAAAUAGUUUAUACUGUUACUAAAUAAAUGAAGUUUGAUCAUUAACAUAAUAGACAUUUAUUUUCUGAAUCAGUUUUUUAUCCAUUAUUAUUGAUUUUGUAUUUGACCAAUCACUUACAGUGUGUACUUUAAACAUACAAUAUAAUAGGGCAAAAAUCAGUUUUAUGAUUUCAAGAUUCCUUUUCUUUCAAUUGAAUUUUCAUGAAAGUCCAAUCUAUUGCAUGACUGACUUUUGCAGCCCAUGUUAGAGUCCUCAAACCCAGAAAAAGCCAGAGCCAAAAAACCCAGCAAACCAGGGAACAAACCACAACAAAGGUUUUGGCCUAUUCUCCCCAAUAAUGAGGCCAAGGAGGAUAAGGUGGAAGAUGGAGAGGAGCCCAAAUCAAAAGUCAUGACUCAUUCACCCAAGAAGUCCCCCGUGGCUUCUGUAGUGGCCACUUCUACACCGUCAUCUGAUAGGUUACAGCAGGUUGUUGUUACGGACAGUUGUCUCCCAACUCAGCAAGAUGCUUAUAUGAGCUUCAUGUCUAAUGGUGGUCGUAAGUUGGUUAUCUUUUCUACAUAAAAGACAAUUCUUAUGGUCGGAACAAAAUUAAAGAUUUUUUUAAAGUAAACUUUACAAUAUCACUUUAACUGAUGCUUUUCGAUGACAUGAUAAAAAAAUGUAAAUUGUUAUUUCUUGAAACUUCUCUUCCUCACAAAUGAUUUCAGUUCAGAAACAACAGUGUUUAUCUAUCUAUGAAUUGAAGCGUCAGAUGAUUUCUUGUUCCAUGUUUCAGUUGUACUGAGGCUCGGUCCUGAUGGUCACAUUAUUCCCAACACUCAGCUGUCAACAUCUAUCACAUUGGAGAAUCUACAGAACCUUCAAGCCUUGCAAUCAAGCGGUUUUCUGUUUGCACCCGGGCCCCCCUCCUUACCUUUCAAUUUGCCACUUGGUGCCCUGUCACCAUCAUCAACUGCUGCAUUAGGUUUGGGGGUGGGGCCAUUCUCUAACUUAGGACCUUCACCCAUGUCUUUAGGUGCUUUAAACUUUACUACAUAUUCUACACCAUUACAGGUAAGAUAAUUCAUCUAACAUGUAUAAUGUUCUUUUAUGAAUCACACCACAUAAUGUUUUUGAAACAUUAACAUGCCUUGAAAUACAUAUUGGAAACUAAGAUAUACUGGAUUAUGUUAUUUCUCCGAUAACUCGGAAAUUCAAAAUAUUUAUUGUUUAACAGACCUGUUUACUCUUACGACUUUGGCGUACAAUUUACGAUUUUUAGGUGUAUAUGGCAGAUGGCAAUUCAAACAAUAUAAUGCCACUAAGCCUAGCAAAUAUCAUAUCAAGACAUUUGGCCUGUGUGAUUCCUCAACAGGUUAUGUUGUUGAUAUUUUGACCUAUUUUGGGGCCAAUACCUCCUAUAACACAGAAACAGAUAAAGAUGGAGGACAGGCUGUGCAAGUUUUUCCUACUUUACUGCAGCAUGUGGGUACUGGACACAAAAUUUUUGCUGACAGAUAUUAUACGUCAAGAAAACUUGUUGACUACCUUCUUGCCAAAAACCUAUACUACACAGGAAGACUGAAUAUCAACCGCAUUGGAUUUCCACUGGACAUAAAAUCUUUAUCUUUACAACAAAAAGAGAUGAAGUGGUAUAUAAACCAAAACAAGAGCAUGCUCUGUGUUGCUUUCAGGGACAAAAAGGCAAACAAAAAUGUCAUAUUGGUGUCCACAGAUGCUACGGUACAAGUUACCGAAACAAAAAAAAAUGGAUAAACCGGAAAUGAUAGACAUUUAUAAUCACAAAAUGAAUGGCUGCGUUAAGCUAGACCAAAAAGUAACAUAUUACUGUGUUUAUGAGCGAAAAACAUUGAAAUGGUGGAAACAGAUUUUUUUCUGGCUGUUAGAAAUUACCCAGGUGAACUCAUACAUUUUGUUUUUACUCUGCCAAUCAGCAGAUGUAAACAGAGUAAAAAUGAGUCUAAAACAGUAUUAACUUAUGUUGAUGCGUCAGCUAACCGAGGAAGUAGCAUUAAAUCAAGUACUAAAAGCACCAGGAAAGGGUCCAGAGACCGGAUGCCUUGGCAAGUCCAAUGAUGCACAGGACAUUGUUGAUUAUGAAAAGGACCGAUCUUGUGCAUAUUGCUCAACUGCAACAAAGCGAGUACGCACACAUUUCUAUUGUACUGGGUGUGAAGCCAAACCCCAUCUCCAUCCUAAAGGAUGCUUCAAGGCCUUUCAUUUAAAAUAAUAGCUUCAUUUGUGUAUAUAUUUAGUAAAUAUGUGAAAUAUGUGUAAAUAUUUGAGUAUAACUAUUUUUAUUGUUGAAUUUUUGACAAAAAAAUUUUAACACGUGUCUUGGGAAAGAAAUUCAUAAUUUUACAAUUUCUGGAGCUACUGCAAUGAAAUUUUCCAGUUGUUUUGGAUGUAUCAUAAGACUCAUUUUAAAAAAAUAUGAACUUGAUUGGAUUAUUGUUACCUGAUUUCUGAGCUGGUGAGUAAAGCAAAAAAAAAUUUUUUUAAAUAAUUUUUUACAUAAACCUGCAAUAAUACCCCCAAACAUUUUCUUUGGGUAAUUCUUUAUCACUUUUUUAUACUAGAAACAUAUUCCUGUUUCAAUGACCUACAUUUGGAUAUGCAGCAUGAUAUACUUUUGAUAAAUAGCAAAACAGAGCCUUUCAGUUUAAAAUCAUCAGGUCAAAUAGAAUUUUAGUCCCAAAAUUUUACUGCGUUCCCUUAAAAAAAUUGUGACGUAUUGAAUGGGUUAAGUAAUUUUGAUGCUGUGUGUGGGUUGAGGUGAUCUUAAGUAGCCGUGAUUUAGUGAGUAGGUCAAGCUGAUCUUAAGUAACUGUGAUGUAAUGAGGAGGUCAAGCUGAUCUUAGCCCUUGAACUGUGGUAUGCAUCAUUCUGUGGUAUUGGAGCUUUUCAGGGCUUUUUGAAUGCCUUUAGAAAUUAAUAGCAUUAAAUGACAGAGAAAUAUUGAUACAAGACCCCAAUAAGUAUAGAUUUUAGAAAUGGAAAUGGAUGGGGAUCAAGUUGGCUAAAUUGCCCACCCCAUAAAAAAAUUUUGCUCAGUGUCCUUGAACUUGGAGUGCUGAAGAAAAAAAAUUUGACAAAAUGUCUUGCUUUCAAGUGUUCAUAACAUCAUUAAUUUUUAUCGAUUCACUUAAAGCACUUCUCUAAAUGUUAUAGCCAAUUCAUUUAUCUUUCAUAAAAUGUAUAGUUUGCUAAGGUUUUGAUUACAAUUAAACCUCUGAAAGCAAUUUUAGUAAUUUUAGGUCAUUUAUUACUGAAAAAAAUAAGAAAAUAAGCUAAAACCAAGUACAACAUACACAAUCUCAGGCAAAAUAUAAAAUGUUUAUUCUUGGCUAGUAAACAUUAAAAAAGGAAUUGUGGAACUGAUUUGAGUUAACUAUAAAAUUUAUUAAUUCUGAUCUACAAUCUGUAGCUUCUGGGACUAAAAUUCAGUCAGUCCUUGCACAACCUCCGGGCCUGGCUUGAAGCCUAACAGUAGGCCUACUUUAGUAUCACUAAGACUAGUAAUACAGAUUCACUAAAAGAAUCUGACCUGAGAUGUAAUGUGGAAUGUUAAAAUCGUCGUCAGUAUCACUUAAAUCCUCUCCUAAAAAGCAUUCAAAAAUAUUUAUAUUAGUUUUCGCACUGAAGGCACAGCCAUAGUUUCAACCAUUUUAGCUUUAAAAAAAACCCAGCGAUAUGAAACUCCAAUUGAAAAGUACUUAUUGUCAGUCAAGAAACAGCUUGACCUGGAAGUUGUUUUAAUUAUUAAUAAAAGAAAGUGGCUAUGAUUCCGGUUAAAUAUUGGAUUGGAAUUUGCUAUCGGACCGGAUUUGGCAUUGGCUUAUUGGUAAUCUCACAUUGGCUUAUUGGUCAUCACUCAUUAACUUAUUGGUCAACUUACAUUAGCUUAUUGGUCAUCACACAUUAACCUAUUGGUCAUCACACAUUAACUUAUUGGUCAUCACACAUUAAUUUAUUGGUCAUCACACAUUAGCUUUUUGGUCAGACAUGUACAUGUAACAUUUGUGAUAACAAUAAACCUAUCUGUGUCAAAUAUAUUAAUAGAUAGUAAUUUACUUGUCCCACAUGCUAAAUAUAAUGUGUAUUAUUCUUUUAAAAUUUCAGUUUGCUAACUGCCUCAAUGCUGCACCUAUAGAUCUGAGUACAAUGUCAAAUUCUACAUCUCUUCAGCUGAAUGCACUGGCUGCUGGGGCCAUGAAUUCACAACAUUUAAACAAUGGACAGGUGAGAAUUUAGACAGCUGUAAUCAAAUUUUAACUGUUGAUUGCAUUAGUACUAGUGAAUAAGUACUGGUCAUGUUAAAUUAUAGUAUUUUAAAUUUUUUUUAAAAUUAGAUUUUGUAAUUAUUUUUAUUGUUAAAGAUUAAGAAUUAAUGUGUAUCUUUCUUAAAUAACCGGAAACUAAUGAAUAGCACAUUUGUCCUAAGUAGAUAUGCAUUAGUCUCCAAGCCAGGGAGCUGUGGGGAGUGUCAAGCUUUAGCCCAUUGUACUUAGCCAGAUGUUUCACAAAUGAAUUUAUUUCUUCAUUCAAUUAGCGGUUCUUUUUAUUCUUGACAUAAAUGCACAUUCAGAAUAUAUAUGAGCACUUUUUUGUGAUGGUAUGUGCCAUUUCAGUUUAUUUUGGACUUAAUUUUAACAAAUUAAAUUCAAAAUAGCAAUCCUAAAUCUUAAAAUUAAAUUUUUAAAACAAUGUUACUGAUAAUAACUACUAAAAUUAAAGGAUUCAUAUACACACAGAUAGGUCGAAGGAUAAUCAAUUUCCACUAACAUUUCUUCUGUUUUUCUCUCGUUAAGUCUAGAAUGGUGCAAACUAAAUUUAGGUAUGCACCAAAAUACAUCCCUGCAUCUUGAAAUUAUAAAAAAAUGGUUUAUUCUCAUUACUUCUUUAGCUCCAGGUAUCUUAUCAAAUAUUUACUUGAACCCCAACACACUGCCUUAUGGAUGUCAUUCCAUCCAUCAUCUUUGUCUCAGGCAGAUAAUAUUGCAGUGACUUCACUGCUUAUCACACAUGUAAGCAAAGUCUCUUCCUCGCAGGCCAUUUGGGAAAUUACUGUUACUAUUUUGUAUGCUUUCAUCACAUUCUGGGGUCAAGUUGUGAUAAUCAUAGUUGAUUUCUACCUAUUUUAUUGCUCUAUUAACAUGGGUUGAUCUCUCUGACCCACUUCAGGACUUGGCAACAGCAGUAUUUACUAGGCCAUCAAAAUGUCCAAAUGUUCACAUGAACUAUGUCAUCUCCUUAAAUUUAAGGAUAAUAUCCAGGGGACUGCAUUAAAUCUGUUUGAAUUUUAAUUAUCCUUUAAGUCUUGCAGCCCAUUGAAACUAUGUCAACAAAUAGGUUUCUCAUUUAAAAAUUAUAUUCAAUUUAAUUUUGGUAUUGGAGCAAGUUUGGACUAUAGGCUAUCUUUGAGUUGCACUUUAGGCUUGUGUUGUCUACUUGGCUUACUGUUGCUCCAGGCACUAGGAUCAAGUCAGUAGUGAGAGUUUCUUUCAGUGCUUUGUCUAGGAACUUUGUUUUCUCAAUCCUGACUACAAGGAUACAACCUAGCUGAACAUACACUAAUCUUUACCAAAAGUCUUCAAUCAUUCCAAUUGCAGUAAACAUUAAGUUAUCUUCAGAUAUUUUAGUUUCAUGCCUGAUUUAACUUUUUUCUUUCUUUUUGUUUUUUUUAAUAGUGGGUGGGGGAGUGGAUUCUAGAUGGGAAGAUGGCUCAAUAAGGUAAUACAUUCCUUUAAUAAAUGUCAAACUUUUUACCUAACUAUUUGCCUGUCAUGAACAUAUAUUAAAAUAUGCUUUAUAAUUUGUAUUUCUCUAGGUGCUGAUGGGCGUUUCUUUACAAGAUCAAAAUGGAGAUCAAAGUUUUGAUGAUGAAAGUCUGGAAGCUGGAGAAUUAAAAAUAGACACCCGAGAAGUCAGAAAUGGCAAUGACCUUGCUUAAGAAUGAAAAUGAUAAUAUUUUAUUAAUGUUAUUUCAAAAUAGAAUGUAAAUGUAUGACUUUAAAAAAUCUCCACAAAAAAACAGUUUAAUAAUAUUACUGCAUUUAAAUUGACUUAGAAAGAGAGUAAAAUUUAAUCUUAUAGCAAAGUUUUGUACUUUGAAAAAUUUCAUGUGAAAACAAAUUUCAUGGAGUAUUGUGAAAACAAAUGUCAUGGAGUAUUGUGAAAGCAAAUGUCAUGGAGUAUUGUGAAAAUAAUACCGGCAUUCUUAUUAUAAUUAUAUGAAUUAAUUUUUGUUGCUUAAUAAAAGGUAAGGCUUUGCUGAUACUGGUAGAAAAAAAAAGUAUGUAGUAUUAUCUUUACAUGAAUACCAUACUUUCAGUGGACUGCAGGAGUUGAAGUAUAUUUAUAGGAUCUGUAAUAAAACUUUUUAAUUAUUGUACUUCCAUAACUUUAAACAGCUGUGUUGACAUUUAGAUAACCUUAAAUCCCUUAUUAAUAAAUUCUC